AUGCUGUCCGGUGAUACAGCUCGAGCUUUAUCAUGGCUCUUGGCAAACAUGACUGCUUUGGUAGAUGAAGGAGGGGAAAGCCCCAUAGUUGAUUCCAUUCCACUCGAGAAGAUUAUCAGCGAACCAGCAUCUUUCUCAAUUUCAAAAGGAGAAGGUGAGCCUUCGACUGAGGCAACUCCAGUAGAAGAAGUAACAGAGGAACAUCCUACAGAUGAAGAAAUCUGGUCAGAUUGGUCAGGAUGGUCUUCUUGCAAUUGCGGUUUUGCAUACCGGAAGAGAACGUGCAUCUCAAAACCUAAUGGCUGUCAACUUCCUGAAUAUCAUAAGAAGGCUUGUAAAUCAGAUGUCUGUAAUCCCAUUUCAUAG